AUGUCGUCGAGAGAUGGUCGCCGCGGAUGUCUCUCCGGAAUGUUCUUCAGCCUCAUCGACCCGAUCGUCCCCGAGUACUUCUACGACCGCGCGGACGCCAUCCCCACGAUCGCCAGGGUCGGAAUCGUCGCCACGGCGUCCUCGUUCGUCUACGCCGUCGUCCUGAUCGCGUUCGCGGCGGCGAUGUGGUACUAUCAGCUCUCCGCGCAACACGUCACGGACGUCAUCGUCGGCAGUCGAACGAGCAUCUCCGGGUACGACUGCAAACCCGUCGCCGCGGACUCCUACUAUCGACUCGGGUACACCGUGGCCGAGUGCCCGGCGUACGUGCGCGAGGUGACAUUCGAUAACUUCGUCUUUGAAAACUCCAAAUACUACUUUCACCCGUUCGGCGGCUCUCAGUACAAGGAACUCUUGUGGCCGAAGGAGCCGAACGCGAGAAAAGCGGAGCUCGACACGCUCUCGUGCACCGCUGCGAGCGGGGGCCACACGUUGGACCCGGAGCGAAGCGACUACACGAGCGACGACAAGGGCAUAUACGUCGAGGCCGGCUCCGCCACCGUCGCGUCGUCGGCGGCGGAUAAGCAGCUCGUGGUGGACUGCUUCAACAAGAUCAUUAAUUUCGUGUACGCGGACGUGGACGGCGACGGCGUCGGGGACGUGUGCGACUUCGCCGCCAGCAACCUGCCGUACACGUGCGAGAAAACCGAACAGAUGCCGUGGGUGCAGAUCAUAUCCCUGGCCAACGGUAACGCCGCGCUCCUCUUCACGAUCCUCAUCGGCGUCGUCUCCUACAUUUUAAGGGACAAGCGUAAAUUCGACCACUGGGUGAAGAAGCUCCCGCUUUGGACGGAAUUCUACGACGAGCCGAAAGAGAUCAAGUUCAUCUCGAGCGACGCGACCAUCGCCUUCGUCGCCAUCUGCAUCGCGGUCUUGACGCUCGGCACAUUUGCCGGAUUUUUCGCGAUGUACUCGCAGUCCGAGUACAACUUGAAAGAGACGAUCAUCACCUCGGAAUGGGAAAAAUCCGGGUACACGUGCACGCCGCUGACGCAAGACGACAUGGGCUACGGCCUCACGUGGGACUACGCCACGUGUCUCGCGAACGUGCAAGCGCCGAGCACGAGCACGAUCGAUUUCACAUCCCAAACAAACACGGGCCCCGUUGGAACCGGAGCAACUAACACGUACACGCGAUUCGACGCGAAGUGGCAGCCGUUUAAAGCCUACACGACCGAGGGCGUCGAGAGCAAGAUGUGGGAAAACUACACGAAGCCCGCGCUCGCGACGACGUACGGGUACGACUCGUGGGGAAUCGAAAACUGGGCGACCGGUGGCCAGGAAUACGGGACGCGUUCGCUGGUGAACAGCGCCGGCCAGAGCGCGCGAAUUUCGUACUUCGAGGUGACCGCCGGAGCAACGUUUUCGUGGACCGACGCGAAUAAGGCGAAUGCGGUCGAGGUGUGGAAGCUCCUCGCGGACGACCUCGGCGACAACGUGUGCCUGUGGGCGAAAGAAAACGCGCCGUACGAGUGCGUCAAGGACGAAACCUUGGACGUCAUGACGCGCGCGUCGCUCUCGUUCACGUUCGCGCAGCUCGUCUUCGUCGUCUUGAGCUUCACCGCGGCGCUCGUCAUCAAGUCUAGUCGGUCCAAACGACGGACGCCGGCGCCGGCGCGCACGUUGCCGGAGAAACCCCCGCCGCCGCCGGAGAAGACGUACCAAGGCCGCGUUCCGCUUCCGGAGAAGAUGUACGUCGAGCAAGUCAUGGACCUCAUCGCGCCGCCCAGUUUCAUCUUGGGCAUGUUCUUCGUCAUCGUCGUCGCGCUCGAGGUCGUCUUCGCGGUGAUGAUGUGGUACUACCUCACCUUCACGUGGACCGAAGUCGUCAUCGAGAGCACGAACUACCAAAAGUCCGGGUACACGUGCCGCCCCGCGCAGAGGGAGAUCUCCUGGUACGAGCAAGACUGGACGUACGAGGAGUGCGUCGCGAAAUUGCAGGUCCCGACGACCGCGAACACGGGACUGGACGACUUCACCGUGCUCCCCGCGUCGUGGACGUCUUCCGCCGCGUCGAUCACCGGCGACGCCCCCGAUAAUUACAACAACGCGGGGAAGUACGAGAGCAACAACGCGUAUGCGGUGCGUUCUCCUUGCACUGGUCUCCGUACGACUGCGUUCGCGCGGUGCACGCCGUUCCUUAGGGACUUUUGCCUGCGCGCGUUUCUCUCCGCCCGCCGCCCCUCGCGCGUGCACUUCCGCCCGUGGGGCAAAGAAGCCACCCAACUGUACCCGCUUAAACCGUUCAAGUACUGGACCGACACGCCGACGUCGAACAACACGGACGCCGCGUUCGACGCGAAGUACACCAGCGCGAAGGCCACUUUCGCCGGCGCGUGCGCCAACGCGGUUAUCGCGUCGCAGAAGAAGGACGACGCCGGGAUUCACGUCAUCUACACCAACGCGGCCAGUAAAUGCGAGUCGGACGUCAUCACCGCAUUCACCGAGAUGUACAUUCAGCUCGGCGAGUCCGGGAUGUGCGGCUGGACGCGGGAGAACUUUCCGUACCGAUGCGAACGCGAACGAUCGUACACGGUCCUCCAGGCGAUGUCGUUGUCUUUUGGUAUCGUUUCGCUGUUCUUGAUGGUCAUACUCCAGAUCGUUCCGUUCGUCACUCGCGUGUUUUGUUGCCGAGGCGACGAAGAAGACACGACUGCCGGUCGACCGCCGCCGAGGAAGUAA